CCCGAGAGUCUCUUCAUCGCGGGCGCUGGGGCCGCCAUUUUAGAUGGAGGGAGUAAGACGAGAACGAGUGUGAGGCGGGAAGGCGUCUUGCGGUUCUCCUUGGGCCCCACAGCGGGCCAGUUGGCUUUGGGGUGUGGAGCUCGAGGCGCGAGUGGAACGAUGCGGUGGCUGCCCGGGACUCCGUCUCCCGGGCUGGGGACGCGUCGAAUGUGACCGCCUCCCGCUCCCUCACCCGCCGCGGGGAGGAGGAGCGGACUAGACGCCGCCGCCGCCGCCGCCGUUGGACAGGACACUGGGUCGGCCCGGCUCCCUCAGAUUUAAUUUUUGUUUAAGCUGCAUCAAUGGAGCACAUACAGGGGGCCUGGAAGACAAUCAGCAAUGGUUUUGGAUUAAAAGACGCCGUGUUUGAUGGCUCCAGCUGUAUCUCCCCUACCAUAGUUCAGCAGUUUGGCUAUCAGCGCCGGGCAUCAGAUGAUGGCAAACUCACAGAUUCUUCUAAGACAAGCAACACUAUCCGAGUUUUCUUGCCAAACAAGCAAAGAACAGUGGUCAAUGUGCGGAAUGGAAUGACCUUGCAUGACUGCCUUAUGAAAGCCCUUAAGGUGAGGGGCUUACAGCCAGAGUGCUGUGCAGUGUUCCGUCUUCUCCAUGAACACAAAGGUAAAAAGGCUCGUCUAGAUUGGACUACUGAUGCUGCCUCUUUGAUUGGAGAAGAACUUCAAGUAGAUUUCCUGGAUCAUGUUCCCCUCACAACUCACAAUUUUGCUCGGAAAACGUUCCUGAAGCUUGCCUUCUGUGAUAUCUGUCAGAAGUUUCUGCUAAAUGGGUUUCGAUGUCAGACUUGUGGCUACAAAUUUCACGAGCACUGUAGCACCAAAGUACCUACUAUGUGUGUGGACUGGAGUAAUAUAAGACAGCUCUUAUUGUUUCCAAAUUCCACUCUUAGUGAUAGUGGGGUCCCAGCACUACCUUCCUUGACCAUGCGUCGGAUGCGAGAAUCUGUUUCCAGGAUGCCUGUCAGUUCCCAGCACAGAUACUCUACACCCCACGCCUUCACAUUCAACACUUCCAGCUCCUCCUCUGAGGGUUCACUCUCCCAGAGGCAGCGGUCGACAUCCACACCCAAUGUCCACAUGGUCAGCACCACUCUGCCUGUGGACAGCAGGGUGAUAGAGAAUAACAGCCUGAAUGCUUCUCCCAGGGCGUGGUCCAGACGAUUUUGUUUGAGGGGAAGAGAUGCAAUUCGAAGCCACAGUGAAUCAGCCUCACCUUCAGCCUUGUCUAGCAGUCCCAACAACCUGAGCCCAACAGGCUGGUCCCAGCCCAAAACCCCUGUGCCGGCACAGAGAGAGCGGGCACCAGGAUCCGGGACCCAGGAGAAAAACAAAAUUAGACCUCGUGGACAGAGAGAUUCAAGCUAUUACUGGGAAAUAGAAGCCAGUGAAGUGAUGCUGUCCACCCGAAUUGGGUCAGGAUCAUUUGGGACUGUUUAUAAGGGCAAAUGGCAUGGAGAUGUUGCUGUAAAAAUCCUCAAGGUCGUUGACCCGACACCUGAGCAGUUCCAAGCCUUUAGGAAUGAGGUGGCUGUCCUGCGUAAAACACGGCACGUAAACAUCUUGCUUUUCAUGGGAUACAUGACAAAGGACAAUCUGGCAAUUGUGACCCAGUGGUGUGAAGGCAGCAGUCUUUACAAACACCUGCAUGUCCAGGAGACCAAGUUCCAGAUGUUCCAGUUGAUUGACAUUGCUCGGCAGACGGCUCAGGGAAUGGACUAUUUGCAUGCUAAGAACAUCAUCCACAGAGACAUGAAAUCCAACAAUAUAUUUCUCCAUGAAGGCCUAACAGUGAAAAUUGGAGACUUUGGUUUGGCAACAGUGAAGUCACGCUGGAGCGGUUCUCAGCAGGUUGAACAACCUACCGGCUCUGUCCUGUGGAUGGCCCCAGAGGUGAUCCGGAUGCAGGACAAUAACCCAUUCAGCUUCCAGUCUGAUGUCUACUCCUAUGGCAUUGUAUUGUAUGAACUGAUGACAGGGGAGCUUCCCUACUCACAUAUCAACAACCGGGAUCAGAUCAUCUUCAUGGUGGGCAGAGGGUAUGCUUCCCCAGAUCUUAGUAAAUUAUACAAGAACUGCCCGAAAGCAAUGAAAAGGCUUGUAGCUGACUGUGUGAAGAAAGUUAAGGAGGAAAGGCCUCUCUUCCCCCAGAUCCUGUCUUCCAUUGAGCUGCUCCAGCACUCUCUCCCAAAAAUCAAUCGGAGCGCUUCUGAGCCAUCUCUGCACCGGGCAGCCCACACUGAGGAUAUCAAUACCUGCACAUUGACCACAUCCCCUCGGCUGCCUGUCUUCUAGUUGGAUUUUGCCCCUGCACACCCCCGCCACCAGGGAAGGAAGGAAGUCAAGUCAGCAAGCACCAAUCUUCUCCUUUUUCUAUGGGGACAAAACUUGUUUUCAAAGAAGCUGCUGCUAAGGACCUCUAGACAAAUCACAGGGCCUUAACUUCAUGUUGCCUUCUUUUCUACCCUUUCUGGCCCUGGGAGAAGCCAUUCACCGUGCUGGUUUGUCCUGCUCCCUUCUCCCAUGCUCUGAGCCAGGCCUGCCCAGAUGCAAAAGUGGAUGCUGUUGGCAAUAUAUCAUCUGGGGCCCCCAGCUGUUGGCUAAAUGAGGGCGAGACCACCAGAGGGGGUGGGGGCAGGUGAAUGAAGGUAGCAGGCAAUCUAGCCCUGAUGUGAGGACACAUGAAUUUUGGAAAUAAGCUCCUAUGAGGAAUGCUUAACAGAGGAAGGACUUCUCCUCAAAGGGAUAGUGGCAAGGCACCAAACAAGUAGUUUUGCACAUAAUGCACCAAACAGACCAGGACUGUCGAGACUGAAGGAGCCUGCUGUGGUACGAUGGAACUUCAUUUUGGGGAAACGUCUUUUACCCAGCCUGAGUCUCCAGGUGAGGUGACUGACCUGCCCUCCUAGUCUCUGCCCUCUCAGGGAGCAGUCUUCCAGGAGCUGCCCCUAUGGGGUGGGGCACCAGAGCCAGCCUUGUCUCCAGUCAUGUGUGCAAGGAAGCCAAGAAUACAGGUUUUCUUGAUGAUUUGGGUUUUAAUUUUGUUUUUAUUGCGCCUGACAAAAUACAGUUACUAUAUACUAUGGUUCUUCAAUUAUGUUAUUUUAAUAAAAAUAAAUUAAAUUUAGGUUUAA